ACGAAGAACCCGAAAAAACUGUCUUCCUCCUUCUAGACGGCGAAGAGUAUGAGCUCACUCUGACAUUGGUAGAUCAGGAAACUCUUGCUUCUUUCUCGGACUUUGAAGAGGAUGCUACUGGUUCUGCUGAUGCGUACCUUGUAGUUUAUUCUGUAACCGAUAGAGAUACCUUUGAAAAUGCCGUGGAUAUUCUGUUUAAACUUCGGGAACAAGGCUACACAGCAAAAAGAGCAGUAAUUCUGGUAGGAAACAAGUCUGACCUUGUCCGUUCGAGGACUGUUUCGACAGAAGAAGGUAAAUCGGUUGCCAUAUCGUACGAGUGUAAAUUCAUGGAGACUUCAGCAGUCAUCAGUCAUAAGACCGAUGAUCUAUUGGUUGGUAUUGUUAGUCAAAUCCGACUUAAAAACCAGCAGCUGAAGGAUUUCAACCAUUUCUCUCCACCCGGUAAAGGACGUAAGUCUCGUAGUAAAGGUUCUUUAUAUGGAACUGGCCGACGAGCCAAGGAAUUGCUAAACAAGCUGCUAGGAACAGAAAGCUACAAGUCCAAAUCAUGCGAUAAUCUUCAUGUGUUAUAA